AUUUUUACAAGUAAUAAGGCAUAGAAACACUUAUCAGUAUCCGGAAAUAACAUCUCCGUUGGAAAUUAGUUGUCACUUCGUGGUCUAUGUCGUGUUUGAAUUGAACGGAGAAAAAAAGGUGGAGUAUCAAGCGUUGAAUUCAGGGUGGUCUCCAACCACAACAAAUUGCUUCAGAAAUUCGAAAUUGGCGAUGGAGCAGGAAGAAGAAAACGAAUCGGUGGAUGUCAAACUUACCGAGAUAAAACCAGUGAGAUUGUCUCUACAUCUGAUACAGAAGAGACACAUCAAUGAUGCCCAACACAAAAGCCAGGAGGAAAUAGUACAAGCUCUCAACAAAAUCACACACCUCCGACUUGACAGAGAAAACAUUGGUCAGAUAGACAACCUGGAGUUAUUGGGGGACAAAGUGACCAAUGUCUACUUACAGAAGAAUAAGAUUCAAGUAUUACAGAAUCUUGAGUGCCUGAAGAAUCUCACAUUCCUGACCCUGGCUGAUAAUCAGAUAAGUCAAGUGGAGGGACUCUCUCACCUCCACAAACUGCUUUUUCUUGACCUAUCUCACAACCACAUCCAUGAUUUUCAAAUUGAUGAGUUUCCAGAGUCCGUUAUGAUUUUGAAUUUAAAGGAAAAUCCCUGUACCAAACUACCAGAUUACAGAGGUAGGCUUGUACAGGACCUGGAGAAUCUACAGUUACUUGAUGAGGAGAAAGUGACGACGACAGAGAAGCGUGAGGCUGGAUUUGUUGUAUCUAGUGAUGAAGAGGAGGAAGAAGAAGAGGAAACUGGGGUGUUUGUUCCCUCCUUCACAGAUGGAGAUAGCAUCAGUACUCAUACAUCUCGGAUGCUCAUGCAUUCUAAGGAGCGUGCUGACGAGGACUUAAGGACCCACUUGGAACACACCUCAGAACUGGACAAUUAUAGAGAGAAGUUUGACCUUCCUAUGUCCUCAAGGUCACAGACUCCAAGCGUUAAUAAAUGAUAUAAAACAUCUUGUAUAAUUUCAGCAAUGGACACGUCCAGUGUAGGCCAGCCCACCAGACAUCAAAUCAAUAAUACUCUUUAUGUACAGAGGUGCUAUGGAGAAAGUCCAUAUGACUUUCAAAUAACAAUUCACAAUUCAAAUAUUGGAUGUAGCCAUCUUAAGGAUGAAAGGAUGAAGAAGAAAACAUCUACAAUGGAAAGGAGAUGGAUUUUGUGAAGUCUAUAAAGACUUAAGAUCAUAUUGAAUUGAAUACAUAUUUUAACAGUGAUCUUAUUCUUACACAUCAUGCUAAUUUGAAAUUAUAAAAUGAUGACAACCGUUUAGUAUUCUUCACAUCUCCAAUUAAUCCAUUCUGGCCGAGGUGAACACAUCCAAUGUCUGUUCACUAUAAACACACAGGCCUGCAGCAGUACAUUUUUUAAUCAUUCAUAUUAAUAAUGUUUUCAUAUCAAAUUUAUCUAAUAUACCAUCUACAGUGUAUCUGAGCGGAUCAAUAUGUAAAUAUACAUAUCAGAUUUAUAUUUUAAUAUGUACAUUACAAACAUUCCCACCAUUCUUACAUGUUAUUACAUGGUACAUAUAAUGGCAUGUGCCUGGUUUUUUUUAUGAAAUUGUUGCUAUUACUGUACAACUUCAUGUAAAAAAAAUGAUAACAUUUGUGUAUAUAUAUGAUAAUUACAUGCACAUCAGGUGCUGUUAAACACCCAUAGUCAUAAUAAUUACAAUUACAUGUAACAUAAAGAAAAACUUAAAUUUAAAUUCUAUAAACAUUCCCAUGUGUGUAUAUAUACAUGUUAAACUGUCUUUAUCAAAAUGAUAAUUAUACCUGUAUGUAAAGCAAAUUAUACAUAUCAGUUUUAAAUGCUGCAUCAGUACAUAUCAAUCUGUCUUUAUCAGGAUGAUAAUGAUAUAAGUAAAACAAAUUACACAUUUCACAAUUAGUUUUAAAUAUGGUUAUAUUUUUAAUUAUUGUUGAACUGCAUAUAUCCCCACCACCAGAAAAUGAUUUUGUACAUCACAAUAUGACAGUCUGUUGUUGCGCUUUUGACAUUAUCUAUCAUAAGACCAACCGUGUGUUCCUUUAAUGGGUUUCGUACCAGUUGUACCAAAUACCUGGUAGGUACGGCAUCAUAUACACUGUAUAAUAGAAUGCUGUUGAAUCUCAACAAGUUUCCAAGAUGAUGGUCGUUGCUCGCUUCAGACAUGAAAAACGAUUAUUUCCCCUUUUUUACAACAAAACGGAUGUAAAAUCAAAACCUGAUAAAUAGUUCCGUCAAACAUAGACUUGUAUGAUUUAUGAAAUGUCAUCUCAAAUGGAGAGUUCCUGUCUCGCUUAAGUACAUUUGCAUGACAGUUCCUCCAUUUUGGAUCCAAGUGGUACGUUUGAAACAACAUGCAUCCACAAGAACUGGUUCAGUUCAGGACAGCAGAUUUACUACCACAACUGGUAAUAACCCAGUAAAGGAACACUCGACUACUGUAUUAGAUACUGAGAAAUUUUAUUGUUACUGUUAUUUGGGGAAAAAAUCCUGAAAUUUGACUAAUAAAACAACACAAUACAG